AUGCAAUUGAUGUUGCUGCUCCUGUUUGGAUUUUUGCUGCCUUUAGCCCCUUGUGCUGGUGGCUUAGGGGAUCAGGACUUCUUGGAGAGUGUGACCUGUCACAGGGACAGGAUGGAGGUUGAGUUUUCUAGUGAGCUGGGCAACUACUCCUGGCAAGGCUCUGUAGUAGAUGCAAGUGAUGAGGAAAUAACAUCCUGUGACUAUCUGGUGGACUAUGAGAAGCUGUUGCUCAGUGCCCUGUUUGUGAAUUGCACAAGCUUGGAGCAUGGCCAGCACCAGCUGAGACUGAAGCUGAUGGUGAAUGACACAACAGGAGGAGAGAAGAACAUAACCUCCAGGGCUCACUGCAGUGUUGUUCAUGCCAAUGAAGUCAUCCCUCCUUUCUUUACUGGUGCAACAAACUGUACAAAAGACUUCAUGGCAGUUACUUUCCCAAGACUCAUUCCAAGCUUCAGUGAUGAGCAUGUGGUUCCAGUAACUCCAAUGACUUGGACUCUGUCCAUUGAUGAUGGAACCAAGAUUCACCAGCUAAGUCUUGGACAAGCCAUGCAGCAAGGCUAUAGUUUUCUAGCUGAUGGACAUAACUUGGUCUUUCAGGUGGCCUUCAGUGCAACUGGGGUUGUAUCCUACAAGCAAAAUGGCCAGGUACUCUAUACUGUGGCACUCAAGCUCACAUAUGGACCUCCUGAACGGAGACUGACAGUGGAGUCAAGAAUGCUUUGUGCACCAGAUCCAGCAGUCUGUAAUGCAACACACAUGACUGUUACCAUCCCAGCCUUCCCAGGGACUCUUAUGGCUGUGGCUGUAGAGGACAGGACCAUUCCUCUUGACCAACUUCAGGAAAAUGGUAUUGCUGUGCACAUGAAGAAAGGAACUAAGAUGCACAUUAGCAGGGGAAUCCUGAAAUCCAGGCUACAUGGGGGGAGCUGCUCAGGACUCCAGGCCUACUUGUCCUCUCUGAAACUGGCUUUUCACUUCCAUGAGGAGACUGUGGCAAUGGUGAUGCAUCCAGAAUGCCCUUGUGACCAGCGCGCACCAAUAGCUGCUGUAUGCACUCAGGAUGGGUACAUGGAUUUUGAAGUUCUUGCUGAUAGUACCAAACCACCACUGAACUUGGAUACACUAAGGCUCAGAGAUCCUUCCUGCAAGCCAGCCUUUAAGUCCCCUUUGAAUGAUAGGGUUUGGUUUCAUGUCCCACUGAGUGCAUGUGGGACCAGGUAUUGGUUUGAUGGGGAAAGAAUCAUCUAUGAGAAUGAAGUGAGGGCACUGUGGGCAGACCUUCCACCGCGCAGGAUCUCAAGGGACAGUGAACUAAGGCUAACAGUGCUGUGCUCCUUCAGCAAUGGUGAUGCUUCUCUGACUAUCAAGGUAGACAGUCUUCCUUCUUUAGCUUCUUCAAUGAACCAAGGUCCUCUCUCCUUAGUUCUUCUGAGCUAUCCAGAUGACUCGUACAGACAUCCAUACCAUGAUAACCAGUAUCCAAUAGUAAGGUACCUGCGGCAGCCCAUCUUCCUGGAAGUCCAAGUUCUGAACCGCAAUGAUCCUAACCUUCAGCUGGUGUUGGAUGACUGUUGGGCAACAGCAUCACAAGAACCAAGCUCUCUUUCUCAGUGGAAUAUUGUUGUGGAUGGGUGUGAGUAUGAUCUGGAUAGCUACAAGACUGUGUUUCAUCCUGUGGGACGUGGUGUCAGUUAUGCAAACUAUCGCCAGAGGCUGGAAGUGAAGACCUUUGCCUUUAUGUCUGGUGACAAAGCUCUUCCUGGUCUAGUAUAUUUUCACUGCAGUGUCCUGAUCUGUAACCGCUUCCAGCCAGACUCCCCUCUAUGCUCAACAAGAUGCCCCAAGCCAUCUAGGAGCAAGAGAGGUAAU